GACUUAUUGUCAUACAAAAAAACCAGCGCCACCCCAAGAAAUAAGGAUUCAUGAGAGACUACCAAUCCCUGGGAACAUGCUUUUCCUUCCCCGGGUUGGUGUCUUUUGAUUUUCUUUUUUUCCUUAUCAGACAAACCCCGGGGUGAAAAUGGCACAUUGUGUAUGCUCGUUCCUCUUCUUUUUCAUCAUCAUCAUCAUCCUUUUCUACCCACCUUUGUUUCUCUCCUUAGAAGAUCAUGAGGCCCUAUUGCAGCUCAAAGAAUCAAUGGGGAACACCAAAAGCCUCGACGGUUCUUGGAAAACUGGGACACAUCCUUGUGAUCGGAACCAACAAUGGUUCGGCAUCCAAUGCCACAAUGUGACCAUUACCGGGCUCCGUCUAAAUGGGCUGGGCCUCUCGGGUGAAAUCAGGGUUGAUGCAUUAUCGAGCCUGAAAGGCCUCAGAAUGAUCGCCAUGGCGAACAACACAUUCUCGGGUCCGAUUCCGGGUUUCAACAAACUUGGGGCUUUAAGGUCCAUAUUCAUACACGAAAAUAAAUUCUCAGGAGAGAUUCCUCCAGAUUUCUUCUCCAAAAUGACCUCGCUAAAGAAAGUUUGGUUAUCGCGCAAUAAAUUUUCUGGGAAAAUCCCCGAAUCUUUCGGAAGGUUACCCAACCUAAUAGAGCUUCACUUGGAAGAAAAUGAAUUCUCAGGUCAUAUUCCAUCAAUGGCCCAAAAAUCUCUCACCAACCUCAACAUGUCUAACAACAAAUUGGAAGGGGAAAUCCCAUCCAUCAUGGAGAAGUUCGGGCAGAAGCCCUUCGAGGGGAAUCCCAAGCUGUGUGGAAAACUAGUGGGAAGACAUUGCGAGGUGACGGCCAACAAUUCCGAGGCGAAUGGUGACAUUGUACCAUCCUCUAAUGAAAAUGCCCCUUCACCAUCGUCAGGGACAAAAUGGGUUGUCCUUGCGGUUGUCGUCGCCUUUUUAACUGUCACAAUUCUUCUGCAAACAAAGAGUAAGGAGGAUAGCUUUGGAAGAUUGGAGAAAGAGAAUCUUGAUGAGGUUGUGCCUGUGCAUAUGGCAAGCACGAACCGGAGGACCAUGAGUAUUUCGAGUAGGAAGGGGUCAAGAAAUGAGUCUGUUCAUGGUUCAAAGCGGGGAGGAUCCCAUAGUGGAAGAUCAAUGGGUGAUCUUGUCAUCGUGAACAAUGAGAAGGGCAUGUUCGGGCUGCCAGAUUUGAUGAAGGCGGCUGCUGAGGUGCUGGGGAAUGGUGGGUUAGGAUCGGCUUACAAGGCGGUGAUGGUGAAUGGCCUUUCUGUUGUCGUAAAGAGACUACGAGAAAUUAAUAAGAUCAGCAAAGACAAUUUUGAUGCGGAGAUCAGACGGCUCGGGAGGAUAAAACACCAAAAUAUUUUGACACCGUUGGCUUACCAUUACCGAAAGGAGGAGAAGCUCUUCAUCUCUGAGUACAUCCCCAAAGGCAGCUUGCUUUAUAUGUUGCAUGGUGAUCGCGGGAUAUCACACGCGGAGCUAAACUGGCGGACACGUUUAAGAAUCAUAAAGGGAGUUGCAAGCGGAAUGGCAUUCCUACACACAGAAUUUGCAUCAUACGAUGUGCCACAUGGGAACCUGAAGUCAAGCAACAUACUUCUAUCCUCAAACAAUGAACCCCUCCUGAAUGACUAUGCGUACUACCCACUUGUGAACAACACAUCGACUGCUCAAUCCAUGUUUGCCUUCAAAACACCCGAGGGAAUCCUGCACCAACAAAUAUCCCCAAAGAGCGACGUGUAUUGCUUAGGGAUCAUCAUCCUUGAAGUCAUGACGGGAAAGUUCCCUUCACAGUAUUUGAACAACCAGAAAGGUGGGACUGAUGUGGUGGAGUGGGUGAGACAAGCAGUGGUGGAGAAGAGAGAGGGAGAAGUGAUUGAUCCGGAAAUAGCGACUUCCAACUCUACAGAUUCGUUACCUUUGAUGGAAAGACUUCUACAUAUUGGAUGUGCAUGCACGGAGACUGACUUACUUAAAAGGGUUGAUAUGAAGGAAGCCAUCAGGAGAAUAGAAGACAUCAAAGAGUGAUGAUGAGUAAGAGGUUUACAUGGGCAUUUUUUAUAGAUUAUGUUUACUUUAGAUUAGUAGGCUUAGGAGACACAGGCAUAGGAGGAACAUAUUGUCAUGAAUUCUUUCAAUGUGCGUGAAAAGAGGAAAAUGACAAUCCUAAAAGGUUUACUGUAUAUUCUUUUUUUUCUUUCUUCAUUGUAUGUAUCAAAUUUAACAUUCAGGUAGAGUUGGAUUCUAAUUGAACUUAACACAAAAAAUUUAAGAACUUCA